AUGCCAAUCAUCGAGCUCACUACCAAUGUCAAGGUCCCGGAUGCGAAAGCAUUCACAACUGCCUUGUCCCAGAAAAGCGCUGAGAUCCUUGGAAUGACAAAAUAUGUCACAGUGACAUACAAGUACGACGAGAGCAUGAUCUUCCGCGGCACAUAUGACCCUACUUUUACCAUGAAUGUGCUCACGGUAUUGGGUAUCCCAACGGAUAAAAAUGCUGGUUUUAGCCAAGGCUUCUUUGAGUUCUUUGCGAAAGAGCUCGGAAUUCCGAAUGACCGGGGAAGCAUCAUUUUCAAUGAUCCAGGAGCAGACCGUCUUGGGUAUGUUUUCUGGAUUCGUGUGGGAGAUAUCGAAGAUUGA